CCCAUGUUUCCUACAAGAGUGCAUUGUGCGCAAGACAUGGAACGUGCAGGAGAAGAGUAACUUCAGGAGCAGCAAAAGGCGUGGAUCUCGCAGUGUUGUGCGGCGUAUCCCAGCGACGAGCUCCAACAUCUCAAUAGACAUUGGCUUUUGACGUAAACAAAACUUGAAGAAGCUUGCUGUGCCGCUGGUUGGCAUGGCAUUCACAUGAUCUUGUCUGAUUGGUUGGAAUUGAAAAAAGAAAUGGGCGAUGAAAAGCAGCAGCAGCCCCAGAAUUAGUUGGACCUUCCUCUUCUUCGCAUCUCUUCUCCAAUCUCGGUAGAACGAGCCGAACUAAUCUUGUCCCUCUUGUCAAGUCACAGACACAGCAUUCAAAAUGGGUCGUAUGCACGCUCCUGGAAAGGGUAUUGCCUCCUCGGCUCUCCCCUACCGCCGUACUCCCCCUUCAUGGCUCAAGACCACCCCUGAGGAAGUCAUUGAGAUGAUUGGCAAGUUUGCCAAGAAGGGUCUCACUCCCUCCCAGAUUGGUGUGAUCCUCAGGGAUCAGCACGGUAUUGCUCAGGUCAAGAAUGUGACCGGUAACAAGAUUCUCCGUAUUCUCAAGUCCAACGGUCUCGCCCCUGAGAUCCCCGAAGAUCUUUACCACUUGAUCAAGAAGGCUGUUGCUGUCCGCAAGCACCUUGAGCGCAACAGGAAGGACGCUGACUCCAAGUUCCGUCUUAUCUUGAUCGAGUCCCGUAUUCACCGUCUUGCUCGUUACUACAAGAAGUCUGGCCAGCUUGCCCCCAACUGGAAGUACGAGUCCUCCACCGCGUCUGCUCUCGUUGCGUAAGCUUUCGUGUCGAUGUUUCACAAGAGUUGGUCUAUUGCUGCGGCUGCGGAACUCGUUGUUCCUGCAAGGAUCAUUGGAUCCCUGUGGCAAAUGUGUGGUCGUUCUUUUGUUAGUCCUUUAAUAGACGAUCAUAUUUCGGCUCGAACUGGCA